AUGGGUGCCCCAAGCGGGUGCCUGGUGCUGGCCUGGGUCCUCGCGGCCCUGCUCCUGGUGCAGAAGACAGAGACCCAGGGCAGCGUGGAGCCCAGCCAGGCGAGCACAGAGGCUGCGCCGCAUAGUCGGAGGGCAGACGUCGCUUGGAGCACCGUCAUCCCGCCCAUCACCGUCUUGCCCACCAUGAGCUCCCGGAAGCCCGCGCACAACGGGCGCGUGUGCAGCACCUGGGGCGACUUCCACUACAAGACCUUCGACGGCGACGUCUUCCGCUUCCCGGGCUUGUGCAACUACGUCUUCUCAGCGCACUGCGGAGCCGCCUACGAGGACUUCAACAUCCAGCUGCGCCGCGGCUGGGCCGGCUCCAGGCCCACCAUCACCCACAUCGUCCUCAAGACGCAGGGGCUGGUGCUGGAGGCCUACAACGGCUCCAUCCUCAUCAACGGGCAGCGGGGGGAGCUGCCCUACAGCCGUGCGGGCCUGCUGGUGGAGCAGAGCAGCGUCUACAUCAAGGUCACCGUCCGGCUGAUGCUGACCUUCAUGUGGAACAGAGAGGGCAGUGCCCUGCUGGAGCUGGACCCCAAGUACGCCAACCAGACGUGCGGUCUGUGCGGGGACUUCAAUGGGCUCCCGGCGGUCCAAGAGUUCUACUCCCAUAAUGCCAGGCUGACCCCUCUGCAGUUCGGGAAUCUACAGAAGCUGGACGGGCCCACAGAGCAGUGCCAGGACCCCCUGCCUUCCCCGGCCAGCAACUGCACAGACGGGGAGGGCAUCUGCCACCGCACCCUGCUCGGCCGGGCCUUUGCAGAGUGCAACACGCUGGUGGACCCUGCCGCGUACGUGGCCGCCUGCACCCAGGACCUGUGUUGCUGCCCCACCUGCCCUUGCGCCACCUUCGCAGAGUACUCCCGCCAGUGCGCCCACGCGGGGGGACAGCCCCAGAACUGGAGGGGCCCGGACCUCUGCCCCCAGACCUGCCCCCUCAACAUGCAGCACCGCGAGUGCGGCUCGCCCUGCGCGGAUACCUGCUCCAACCCCCAGCGCUCCCAGCUCUGCGAGGACCACUGCGUGGAUGGCUGCUUCUGCCCCCCAGGCACGGUGCUGGAUGACGUCACCCACAGGGGCUGCCUGCCCCUGGAACAGUGCCCCUGCACCCACGGCGGCCACACCUACGCCCCGGGGGCCUCCUUCACCACCGUCUGCAGCGCCUGCACCUGCUCCGCGGGGCUGUGGCGGUGCCAGAACCUUCCCUGCCCUGGCACCUGCUCUGUCCAGGGCGGGUCCCACAUCUCCACCUAUGACGAGAGGCUCUAUGACGUGCACGGAGACUGCAGCUACGUCCUGUCCAAGACGUGUGCAGAGAACAGCUUCAGCGUGCUGGCCGAGCUGCGCAGGUGUGGCCUGACGGACAACGAGAACUGCCUCAAAUCGGUGGCACUCAGCGUGAACGGCGGGGACACGAUCAUCCAGAUCCAGGCCAACGGCGGGGUGUUCCUGAACUCCAUCUACACCCAGCUGCCCAUGUCAGCAGCCAACAUCACGAUCUUCAGGCCCACCUCCUUCUUCGUCCUGGUGCACACGGGCCUCGGGCUGCAGCUGCAGGUGCAGCUGGUGCCGCUCAUGCAGCUGUUCCUCAGGCUGGAGCCCUCCUACCGCGGACAGAUGUGCGGCCUGUGCGGGAACUUCAACCAGAACCAGGCCGAUGACUUCCGGACCCUCAGCGGUGUGGUGGAGGGCACGGCUGCCGCCUUCGCCAACACCUGGAAGACCCAGGCCGCCUGCCCCAACGUCAAGAACAGCUUCGAGGACCCCUGCUCCCUCAGCGUGGAGAACGAGAACUACGCCCAGCACUGGUGCUCCCUGCUGACUGACCCGGCCGGAGCCUUCUCCCGCUGCCACUCUGUCCUCAACCCCGCGCCCUUCUACUCGAACUGCAUGUUCGACACGUGUAACUGUGAGAAGAGCGAGGACUGCCUGUGCGCGGCCCUGUCCUCCUACGUGCACGCCUGCACUGCCAAGGGGGUGCUGCUCAGCGGCUGGAGGGACGGCGUGUGCACCAAGUAUGUGAGUAGCUGCCCCAAGUCCCAGCACUACAGCUACGUGGCGCAUGGCUGCCAGCCCUCCUGCCGCGCUCUGAGCCAGGUGGACGUCACCUGCGGCAUCGCCUUCGUGCCCGUGGACGGAUGCAUCUGCCCCUCGGGCACCUUCCUGGACGACUCGGGCGCCUGCGUGUCCGCCGACGCCUGCCCCUGCUACUUCCGUGGCUCUGUGGUGGCCCCGGGGGACGUGGUGCAUGACAACGGCGUGGUCUGCUCGUGUGCGGGUGGGAAGCUGAGUUGCCUGGGAGCGGCGGAGCAGAAGAGCUCAGGGUGUGCGGCCCCCAUGGUGUACCUGGACUGCAACAGCGCCUCGGCGGGCACGCCCGGGGCUGAGUGUCUCAGGAGCUGCCACACGCUGGACGUGGACUGCUUCAGCACCCACUGCGUGUCUGGCUGUGUCUGCCCCCCGGGGCUGGUGUCGGACGGGAGUGGGGGCUGCGUGGCCGAGGAGGACUGCCCCUGUCUGCACAACGAGGCCACCUACAAACCCGGGGACACCAUCAGGGUGGACUGUAACACCUGCACGUGCAAGAACCGCAGGUGGGAGUGCGGCCACAAGCCCUGCCUGGGCACCUGCGUGGCCUACGGGGACGGCCACUUCAUCACCUUCGACGGGGAGCGCUACAGCUUCGAGGGGAGCUGUGCGUACACGCUGGCCCAGGACCACUGUGGGGGCAACAGCACCGCCAACGGCACCUUCCGUGUGGUCACCGAGAACGUCCCCUGCGGGACCACGGGCGUCACCUGCUCCAAGGCCAUCAAGCUGUUCCUGGAGAACUAUGAGCUGGUCUUGCAUGAAGGCACCUACAAGGUGGUGCAGAGGGGGCCGGGCGGAGACCUGCCCUACAAGGUCCGGUACAUGGGCAUCUACCUGACCGUGGAGACUCACAGUGGCCUGGUGCUGUCCUGGGACCGGAAGACAAGCCUGUUCAUCCGACUGCAGCAGGACUACAAGGGCCGGGUCUGUGGGCUGUGUGGGAACUUUGACGACAACGCCAUCAAUGACUUCACCACGCGGAGCCAGUCCGUGGUGAGCAGCGCCCUGGAGUUCGGCAACAGCUGGAAGUUCUCCCCGUCCUGCCCCGACGCCCUGGCCCCCAGGGACCCCUGCACCGCCAACCCGUAUCGCAAGUCCUGGGCCCAGAAGCAGUGCAGCAUCAUCAACAGCGCCACCUUCGCCGCCUGCCAUGCCCACGUCGACCCCGCCAGGUACUACGAGGCCUGCGUGGGCGACGUGUGCGCCUGUGACUCGGGGGGCGAUUCUGAGUGUUUCUGCACGGCGGUGGCCGCCUACGCCCAGGCCUGCCACGACGUGGGCGUGUGCGUGUCCUGGCGGACCCCGGCCAUCUGCCCCCUGUUCUGCGACUACUACAACCCCGAGGACCAGUGUGAAUGGCACUACCAGCCAUGCGGGGCGCCCUGCAUGAGGACCUGCCGGAACCCGAGCGGCCGCUGUCUGCACGACCUGCCGGGCCUGGAAGGCUGCUACCCGAAGUGCCCACCCAGCGAGCCGUUCUUUAGCGAGGACCAGAUGAAGUGCGUGGCCCAGUGUGGCUGCUAUGAUGAGGACGGGAACUACCACGAUGUGGGCGCGAGGGUCCCCGCAGCAGAGAACUGCCAGAGCUGUGAAUGCAGUGCUGGCGGCCUCCGGUGCACGCACAGCCUUGCGGCCUGCACCUGCGUCUACAAGGGCAGGACCUACCAUUACGAGGACGUCAUCUACAACAUGACCGAUGGGCUCGGCGCCUGCUUGAUGGCCAUCUGUGGACACAACGGAACGAUCCUGCGCAGGGCUGUGGAAUGUCCUGGAACCCCAUCCACAACAUCCUCCACCUUCACCACUACCGUGGCCCCGCUCUCCUCGACAGGCUCGAGCCCCAUCGUCUCCACCGUGUGUGUGCAUGAGCUCUGCCUCUGGUCCGACUGGUUCGACGGCGGCCCCCCAGAGCCCGGCAUGGCAGGUGGGGACUUCGAGACGUUUGUGAACCUGAGGCAGAGGGGCUACCAGGUGUGCCUGGCCCCGGCGAGCAUCGAGUGCCGGGCACAGAAGCUCCCCGACACCCCGCUGCAGCAGCUGGGCCAGAAGGUGGAGUGCGAUGUGGCCCGGGGGCUGACCUGCCUCAACAGCGAGCAGAGCCCCCCGCUCUGCCACAACUACGAGCUGCGGGUCCUCUGCUGUGACUACCUGCCCUGCGGCACCUCCCCUGGGGCCACCACCCCGCAGCCACCGGCCAGGACCCUGUCCACCCCCGCCACGCAGACCCCGCCUGCGGAGCCCACCACGAUAGGAACCCCGGCGCCAAGCAGCACCCCGGCCUUGGCCACCACCUCCUGCCGGCCCCGGUGUCAGUGGACGGAGUGGUUCGACGAGGACUACCCCAAGUCUGAGGAGGCCGGGGGGGACAUCGAGUCGUACGACAAGAUCAGGAGCGCAGGAGGGGCCGUGUGCGAGCAGCCUCUGGACAUAGAGUGCCAGGCUGAGAACUUCCCCGGCAGCAGCCCCGCGGAGCUGGGCCAGCGCGUGCUCUGUGACGCCAGCUUCGGCCUGGUGUGUAGGAACGAGGAGCAGGUGGGCCCGUUCAGGAUGUGCUACAACUACAGGAUCCGCGUGCUCUGCUGCAGCCACGACCACUGUGCAGAGCCCACCCCUGGGCCACGGACACAGACCACGGUGCAGAGAACCACAGGAAGCCCCUCCAGGGGGACCCCACCUAUCCACACGACUUCCACAGUGACGGGAGCCACAACAGGCACCGUGGCCACCAGAGCCCCGUCCACCCCACCCACAGAGAUGCACACGACCACAGCAAGGACAUCGCCGGGGACCCUGGGAAUGGCCACGCCCAAGACCACUGCCACGCAGAGCACAGCGGGCUGUCAGCCACAGUGCGAGUGGACAGACUGGUUUGACGUGGACUUCCCGACCUCCGGGGUCGAGGGUGGGGACCUGGAGACCUUCGAAAACAUCAGGGCUGCCGGGGGCACGCUGUGCGAGGAGCCCCAGAAGAUCGAGUGCCGCGCAGAGAACUACCCUGAGGUCAGCAUCGACCGGAUCGGACAGGUGCUCAGCUGCAGCCUGCACACGGGGCUGGUCUGCAAGAACCGGGACCAGAAGGCGCCUUUCAACAUAUGCUUCAACUACAACGUCCGCGUGCUCUGUUGCCUCCCGGUGCCACACUGCCCCAGCACCGCCGCCCCCAGCACCCGCAGCACCGCCACCGGGGGCCCCACGUCGCCGAGGCCAGGAGCCACGACCACAGCGUCCAGCCAGACCCAUGCCUCCUCCCCCGGGACCACCCUGGGGGUCCCUGUCUCCACCACCCAGACGCUUGCUACCCCUGCCAGGACCACAGAGAGGGUCUCCAGCCCCGGUCCCUCUGCCUCCCUGAGGACCCCGACGGCCACCACCAAGCCCACUUCACCCAGUGCACCCACUACGGUCCCCGUGGUGACCUCCAGCACGUGGAUCCCCCCCGAGUCCACGCCCAACACGGCCACCCUUGGGACCACGCUGGUCUCCACGUCCCCGCCGCCCAGCUCCACCACGCACUCCAUGGCCACCUCGUCCUCCACGGGCUGCAGCCCCCGGUGCACGUGGACAGACUGGUUCGAUGAGGACUACCCCAUACCGGGCCUGGACGGCGGGGACUUCGAGACCUUCUCGGUUUUCCGCUCAGCGGGGCACGACUUCUGCCAGCGCCCCUGGGACAUCCAGUGCCGAUCGGAGAGGGCGCCGCACGCGCGUCUGGAGGACUUGGGCCAGGUGGUCCAGUGCAACGUGAGCUUCGGGUUGGUGUGCCGCAACCGCGAGCAGCCGGGGCCCCUGCCCUACUGCCACAACUACCACGUGCGCGUGCUCUGCUGUGAGGACCCCGGCCACUGUGCAGGCGCCACGGCCACGGGGCCCACCACGCCGUCCCCAGCGACGCCCACCACGGGGCGCACCACAUCGUCCCCAGGCACGCCCACCAUGGGGGCCACCACGCCGUCCCCAGGCACACCCACCACGGGGCCCACCACGCCGUCCCCAGUGACGCCCUCCACGGGGGCCACCACGCCGUCCCCAGGCACACCCACCACGGGGGCCACCACGCCGUCCCCAGCGACGCCCUCCACGGGGGCCACCACGCCAUCCCCAGCGACGCCCACCACGGGGCGCACCACGUCGUCCCCAGUGACGCCCUCCACGGGGGCCACCACGCCGUCCCCAGGCACACCCACCAUGGGGGCCACCACGCCGUCCCCAACGACGCCCUCCACGGGGGCCACCACGCCGUCCCCAGCGACACCCUCCACGGGGGCCACCACGCUGUCCCCAGCGACACCCACCACGGGGCGCACCACGCCAUCCCCAGGCACGCCCACCACGGGGCGCGCCACGCCGUCCCCAGGCACGCCCACCACGGGGGCCACCACGCCAUUCCACUCUGUGCCCCUUAUCCGGGUCUCCACGGCCUCCACACUCAGCCCCCAAGGCAGUGCAUCCACACCUUGGCACACCAAGACCUGGCCCGGCCUCCCCAGUACUGUGCCCAGCACAGCCCCGGCCACCUCCAGCACAGGGCCCAGCCCUGGAGCCUCCCUAUCACCCCCCACGCCCUCGGCCACCAGCUCUCCGCCCGGCACCACCUUGGGCCUCUCCACGGCCGCCUCCAGGGCCACGGCACCCACGGGCAAAUUCGAGAUCCCCCAGCCUGUGACCUCCAGUCACACACAGGCCCCCCCAUCCCCCGUGGCCGGGUCCACGGCCUGUGAGCCCCGCUGUGCGUGGACGGACUGGCUAGACGAGAGCUACCCGGUGCCGGGGGCCUCUGGUGGGGACUUCGAGACCUUCGCCAACCUCCGGACCACGGGCAAAGCCAUCUGCAAGCAGCCGCUGGAACUGCAAUGCCGGGCGGAGGGGCGGCCAGAGACGCCCCUGCAGGAGCUGGGCCAGGUGGUGCGCUGCAGCCUGGAGGACGGCCUGGUGUGCCGUAAUCAGGACCAGGCCGGCCCGGUCAAGAUGUGCCUCAACUAUCACAUCCGUGUGCUCUGCUGUGAGGACUACGGCCACUGCCCCAGCACCCUGGCCACCACCGUGGUCACCACGCAGAGCACCAGGCUGGGUCUGACCCCCACGCCGGCCACCAGCACCACGGCCUCCAGUCCUACGGCCCCCAAAACCGGCCGGACCGCGGCCCCUCCAAGUGCCAGCCCGCCUGCCGCUGGACCGCCUGGCUGGACAGCGACCAGCCCCUGCCCGGCCGCUACGGGGGGGACAUCGAGACCUACUACCACAUCUGGGACACUGGCAGCCAGCUCUCUGGGCCAGGACGUGCGGUGUGAUGUGAACUAUGGGCUCAUUUGCAGGAACAACUGGCAGAGGGGGGGCCGUACCUGCCUCAACUACCACAUCCGCGUGCUCUGCUGUGAAGACAAGAGCCACUGCACCAACUCCCCCGCCACGGAGCCCACCAGCACCAGCACUCGACGAAGACCACCGACCACCCAGUCAGGAUCCUCCUCCCCCGAGACCACCCAGGGGGUCCCUGUCUCCACCACCCAGACGCUUGCUACCCCUGCCAGGACCACAGAGAGGGUCUCCAGCCCCGGUCCCUCUGCCUCCCUGAGGACCCCGACGGCCACCACCAAGCCCACCUCACCCAGUGCACCCACCACAGUCCCCGUGGUGACCUCCAGCACGUGGAUCCCCCCCGAGUCCACGCCCAACACGGCCACCCUCGGGACCACGCUGGUCUCCACGUCCCUGCCGCCCAGCUCCACCACGCACUCUGUGGCCACCUCGUCCUCCACGGGCUGCAGCCCACGGUGCACGUGGACAGACUGGUUCGAUGAGGACUACCCCAUACCGGGCCUGGACGGCGGGGACUUCGAGACCUUCUCGGUUUUCCGCUCAGCGGGGCACGACUUCUGCCAGCGCCCCUGGGACAUCCAGUGCCGAUCGGAGAGGGCGCCGCACGCGCGUCUGGAGGACUUGGGCCAGGUGGUCCAGUGCAACGUGAGCUUCGGGCUGGUGUGCCGCAACCGCGAGCAGCCGGGGCCCCUGCCCUACUGCCACAACUACCACGUGCGCGUGCUCUGCUGUGAGGACCCCGGCCACUGUGCAGGAGCCACGGCCACGGGGCCCACCACGCCGUCCCCAGCGACGCCCUCCACGGGGGCCACCACGCCGUCCCCAGCGACGCCCACCACGGGGCGCACCACGUCGUCCCCAGGCACGCCCACCAUGGGGGCCACCACGCCGUCCCCAGGCACACCCACCACGGGGCGCACCACGCCAUCCCCAGGCACGCCCAACAUGGGGGCCACCACGCCAUCCCCGGCGACACCCACCACGGGGGCCACCACGCCGUCCCCAGCGACGCCCUCCAUGGGGGCCACCACGCCGUCCCCAGGCACACCCACCACGGGGGCCACCACGCCGUCCCCAGUGACGCCCUCCACGGGGGCCACCACGCCAUCCCCAGUGACGCCCACCACGGGGCGCACCACGUCGUCCCCAGGCACGCCCAACAUGGGGGCCACCAUGCCAUCCCCGGCGACACCCACCACGGGGGCCACCACGCCGUCCCCGGCGACGCCCUCCACGGGGGCCACCACGCCGUCCCCAGCGACGCCCUCCACGGGGGCCACCACGCCGUCCCCAGCGACACCCACCACGGGGCGCAUCACGCCAUCCCCAGCGACGCCCUCCACGGGGGCCACCACGCCGUCCCCAGCGACACCCACCACGGGUCGCACCACGCCAUCCCCAGGCACGCCCACCACGGGGGCCACCAUGCCGUCCCCAGGCAUGCCCACCACGAGGGCCACCACGCCAUCCCCAGCGACGCCCUCCACGGGGGCCACCACGCCAUCCCCAGCGACGCCCACCACGGGGGCCACCACGCCAUCCCCAGCGACGCCCACCAGGGGGCCCACCACGCCAUUCCACUCUGUGCCCCUUAUCCGGGUCUCCACGGCCUCCACACUCAGCCCCCAAGGCAGUGCAUCCACACCCUGGCACACCAAGACCUGGCCCGGCCUCCCCAGUACUGUGCCCAGCACAGCCCCGGCCACCUCCAGCACAGGGCCCAGCCCUGGAGCCUCCCUAUCACCCCCCACGCCCUCGGCCACCAGCUCUCCGCCCGGCACCACCUUGGGCCUCUCCACGGCCGCCUCCAGGGCCACGGCCACCCAUACCUUGCCAGCAGUGACAGUGACCAUGGCGUCCACAUCUGUCCUCAGCACCCCGGGGACCCCUGUGUCCCCCAGCUGGAACUUCACCACCCCCUGCCUCUGCCGGGUGUUUGGGCAGCUCUUCUCACCUGGGGACGUGGUCUACAAUAAGACAGACGGUGCGGGCUGCUCCUUCUAUGCCAUCUGCAACCAGCACUGCGACAUUGACCGCUUCCAGGACACCUGCCCCACCUCUUCGCCCCCCGAGUCCUCUUCGGCCCCCACGGCCUCGUCCUCCCAGCCUCAGGGCUGCGACCUCAUCGUCCCUGCCCGACAGGUGAACGAGUCCUGGACCCUGUCGGACUGCACGGUGGCUCUGUGUGAGGGCCACAACCGGGUGGUCCUGCUGGGGCGGAAGCCGGCGGCCAGCAUCCGCUGCGUGAACGGACACCCUCCGGUCAGAGUGUCGCAGGAGAGCGAGCCGUGUGACUUCCACUUCGAGUGCGAGUGCUCCUGCAGCGGCUGGGGGGACUCGCACUACACCACUUUCGACGGCACUUCCUACUCCUUUCGGGACAACUGCACCCACGUGCUCAUGAAGGAGAUCCGCCCACGCUACGGGAACCUCAGCAUCUACAUGAACAACUACUACUGCGGGCCCACCGGGGCCACCACGGCCGCCGCCCACUGUCCCCGUGCCCUCAGCAUCCACUACAAGUCCAUGGAGGUCAUCCUUACCACCAGCACCAGCAUCCGCGGGCAGGAGCAGAGCCUGAUCCUGUUCGACCAAAUCCAAGUGAGCUCGGGCUUCAGCAAGAAUGGCGUGAGUGUGUCGGUGACGGGGACGACCACGAUGGGCAUCGACAUCCCUGCCAUUGGCGUGAACAUCACCUUCAACGGGCACCUCUUCCACAUCCAGCUGUCCUACAGCCGCUUCAGCCACAACACCGAGGGCCAGUGUGGCACCUGCACCAACAGCCAGACGGACGACUGCCGCCAGCCCGGCGGAACCAUGGCCCCCACCUGCCAAGACAUGGCCCACCGCUGGCUGGUUCCCGAGAGGGGCCGGGAGGCCUGCUGGGCGCCUACCCGCCCGCCCCCGACGGCUGGCCCCGCGCCCUCAGCACCCAGCACGCCCGCCUCCUCCCCGUGCCCCCCGGCGCCCCUCUGCGAACUGCUGCGGAGCCCGCUCUUCGCAGAGUGCCACACCCUCAUCCCACCCGACCCGUUCGUCAGCUCCUGCGUCAGUGACGGCUGCCAGGCGGACAGCCCCAGGGCGCCCUGCGGGAGCCUGGAGGCCUAUGCGGCCCUCUGCCGCGCCCGGGGCGCCUGCAGCAACUGGCGGAAUGCCACCAGCGGGCUGUGCGACUUCACCUGCCCGCCCGACAAGGUGUACCAGCCCUGCGGCCCUGCACAGCCCGCAUCCUGCGACUCCAGGAGCCAGAGCAGAGCGGGCAGGGGGCUGGCAGAAGGCUGCUUCUGCCCCGACGGACACACCCUCUUCAACACACACACGAACGUCUGCGUGCUCGAGUGCGCCUGUGUGGGACCAGAUGGGUUUCCCAAAUCUCCUGGGGAGCGGUGGGUCAGCAACUGCCAGGACUGCGAGUGCCACGAGGGCUCCUUGUCAGUGCAGUGCACCCCCGUGCUGUGUGAGGCCCCGGAACAGCCCCCGCAGUGCAGCCAGGCGGGCUUUGUGGCCGAGACCAGGCCUCUGGCCAACAACUCAUGCUGUCUGGGGACGCUGUGCGUCUGCGACACGACCACCUGCCCCCAGAGCCCACCCAAAUGUGGGCCGGGAGAGGAGCUGAUCCGCACCCAGAAGGAGGGUGAUUGCUGCCCCACCUUCAUCUGCCGACCUCAGCUGUGUUACUACAAUCACACUGCCUACGAGAUCGGUACAACCUUCCCAUCCGUCACUCCCUGCCACACGUGCACCUGCCUGUCCGGGGACACCCAGGGCCCAAUCGUGCAGUGUGAGGAGAACAUCUGUAACACUACCUGCCGCCAGGGCUACGAGUACUGGAAGGUGGCCGGACAAUGCUGUGGGGAGUGCGUGCAGACAGCCUGUCCCACGGAGGAUGGCUGGCUGGUCCAGCCCAACGAGACCUGGGUCAACAGCCUCGUGGACAACUGCACGGAGUACCGCUGCGAGGUCAAGAACGGGCUCCACGUGCUCACUCUGAGGCCCACGCCCUGCCCGGACGUGUCCAGCUGCCAGGGCAUCCUCAGGAAAACCGGCUGCUGUUACUCCUGUGAGGAAGUGGACAAGUGCCAAGUCCGCGUCAACAGAACAAUCCUGACACACCAGGGCUGCGCCACUCGGGCCCCGGUCAACCUCACGUUCUGCGGGGGCUCAUGCCCCGGAGUGUCCAAGUACUCCGUGGAGGCCCAGGCUAUGGAGCACCAGUGUACCUGCUGCCAGGAGGCAGGGGUUCAUGAGGAGGUGGUGACCAUGCAGUGUCCCGACGGGACCACCGUCCAGCGCACCUACACCCACGUGGACAAGUGCAGCUGUGCCCCAUCCUGCGUCCGCUCGCCUGAGGCUCCCGAGGACAGCACCCCCAUCUUCCUGACCUAGGGCUCCACCACUGUCUGUUGCCAUUCUGACCCCCUCCCGCCAGGCCCCCCACCCCAGUCUGGAGCCAGGACACACACCACCCAGCCACGGAAAGCUC